AUUUUUACCAAACAGUAUAAAGACAAGCGUCUAAACAUUUCCACAAAAUAGCAGUAAGUAGAGACCAUUUACCUCACUCUUUCAUUCACCUACACCAAUCACUUGUUCAUAGAUUUGACUGAUCUCAAGCCUAAUCACCACUCAGAUUUCGGAUUCGGCGAAAAUGCAAUUCUUCGGAGGCUCAGAGAUUACUCCAUCACCGCCAGUUCCGACGACUUCCGGUAACAAUGGCCACAUGAUGUACAUGUUUGAUAGGAACGGUGUGUGCUUGCUUUACAGGGAAUGGAAUCGCCCUCUUCGCACACUCAACGCGCAACAAGAUCAAAAGCUAAUGUUUGGUCUCCUCUUCUCUCUCAAAUCGUUAACGGCCAAAAUGGAUCCUACAACUGCAGAGAAGGGAAACCUGGGAAUGCCUCAAUUACCCGGACAAGGUUGUUCGUUUCACAGUUUUCGUACUAAUACAUACAAACUUAGUUUUAUGGAAAGUCCAUCUGGUAUAAAGCUUAUAUUGAUCACUCAUCCUAGGACUGGUGACCUGCGUGAGUCCCUAAAGUACAUUUACAACUUAUAUGUUGAAUAUGUUGUCAAGAAUCCUCUGUAUACUCCGGGAACUCCAAUCAGGUGUGAGCUGUUUAAUACAUCUCUUGAUCAAUAUGUAAGGAGUAUUGCCUAAUACAAGAUAGAUCUCAACCACCAAGUCCUGGUACCUCAGAAUUGAUGACCAGGACUAUAUGAUAUAUAAAAUAAAUCUGGAUUGUUGUUGUGUAGUUGGAUCUGGCAUGCUACUUGUGCACACCAGUAGAAUUGGUUCAGGUUUUUGCUAUUUAAUUUCCUGUCGACUUGCUGCCAAUUUCACUUAAGAUAGAUUUUGUGAGGACAGAUUAUUGUUUUUUAGUUAGCGAGAAAGAAGUCGCAUUCAUGCUUACAAUUUUUCAGAGAA